GAAAUGAUUCGAACUCCCGAUGCGCGAACGAGGGACAAUCAGACCAAGAGGAUCCGGGAGAACAUUAGCAAUGUUAAAAAACACUUUGGCGAGCUGUGCGCCAUGUUCGCCGCGUACGGCCGCAAGACCGCCAAGCUGCGCGACGAGGCCGACGCGCUGGUGCGAGAGAUCGCCGACUACGCCGACACCGAGACGCCGGGGCUCAAGAAAAGCGUGAAGUGUUACGCCGAACACCUGGCCAAGAUUCAGGACUACCGGCAAGCCCAGGUGGAGCGACUGGAAGCCAAAGUCAUCGAGCCGCUCAAAGGCUACGGCGCGCUGGUGCGGCGGAAACGGGAGGACGUGAAGGUGGCCUGCGGCGCCAGGAAGCACGAGUCCAGAAAGAUGGAGCAGCUGGAACGAACUCGACAGCGAAACCCGGGCGACCGGCAAGUCAUCUCCCAGGCCGAGAGCGAGUUGCAGCGAGCCACCGUAGACGCCGCGCGCACCACGCGCCAGCUGGAGGAGACCAUCGACGACUUUGAGAAGCAAAAGAUUCAAGACAUCAAGAGGAUCCUGUGCGAUUUUGCGUGCGUGGAGAUGACCUUCCACGCCAAAGCCUUGGAGCUCUACACGCUGGCCUACCAGAGCAUGGACGGCGUGGACGAGGAGGACGACCUGGAGGUGUUCAGGAGCUCGCUGCGUCCGCCCGACUACCCGCCGCGCGCCAACUCUCGCGCGUCUUUGGACGGGACCGCCUCCUCCUUCCUGACCUCGACGGUGGCGCUCCAGAGGGCCUUGGGCCGGCCGGCCGGAGAAGAGGGAGAAUCGGAAGAAGAGGAAGAAGAAGAAGAGGACGAGGAGGAGGAGGAGGAAGAAGAAGAGUCUGAGGAGGAAACUCGAUGA